UCCGUGCCGGCGCACAAGCCAUUGCUUAGGAAGUGAGACUGCCCGAAAACUCACGCCCUAAAGCUUCUAGCUUUCACCUGAGGGUCGGAGGGUCCCGCGGCGCACGUGCAGUGGGUAUCCCCACCCCCUUGGGAGGCGGGGUCGUGCUCAGAGCCAAUGAGAGCUUGGGGGUGGAGGGGUAGGGAAGCUUCCAGAGGCAGAUAGGGAGGAGGUUAUAAAGGAGGUACCAGCCGGCCCGCGGAAGAGUCAUGCAGUCCAAGCGGGAGUGUGAGCUGUGGUGCGAGAGGGUGAAUCCAGAGAACAAGGCGGCGCUGGAGGCGUGGGUCCGGGAGACCGGCAUCCGCCUGGUGCAGGUGAACGGGCAGAGGAAGUAUGGCGGGCCACCCCCAGACGUUUGCUCACGGAGUCCCUCUGGCGCUGGGUCCCUGGGCCCCGAAGCCGGAACCAUCGCGGUGGAUGACGGUACCCCUCCCCACCCCCUUCCCCCAGGCUGGGUGGGCAGCCCGCCGCCGGCCGGGUCAGAGGUGUUUAUCGGGCGGCUGCCCCAGGACGUGUACGAGCACCAGCUGAUCCCACUGUUCCAGCGCGUGGGCCGCCUCUACGAGUUCCGCCUGAUGAUGACCUUCAGCGGCCUGAACCGCGGCUUCGCCUACGCCCGCUACAGCUCGCGGCGCGGCGCCCAGGCCGCCAUCGCCACGCUGCACAACCACCCGCUGCGGCCCUCCUGCCCGCUGCUCGUGUGCCGCAGCACCGAGAAGUGCGAGCUGAGCGUGGACGGGCUGCCGCCCGCCCUGAGCCGCCGCGCGCUGCUGCUCGCGCUGCAGCCGCUCGGGCCCGGCCUGCAGGAAGCGCUGCUGCUGCCCAGCCCCGGGCCGGCGUCCGCGCAGAUCGCGCUGCUCAAGUUCAGCUCGCACCGCGCCGCCGCCAUGGCCAAAAAGGCCCUGGUGGAAGGGCAGUCACGCCUCUGUGGAGAGCAGGUGGCUGUGGAGUGGCUCAAGCCAGACCUGAAGCAGCGGCUGCGCCAGCAGUUUGUGGGUCCUUCACUGCAGUGCCUACAGCCAGAGAGCAGCCGACUGGCUCUGGCCAGGGACAGGCUAGAGUCCCAAGGGGCUCGGGCUGCCCUGCAGCUGCUGUGCCAGCGGAUGAAGCUGGGGAGCCCAGUGUUCCUCACCAAGUGUUUGGGCACAGGCCCUGCUGGCUGGCACCGCUUCUGGUACCAGGUGGUGAUCCCUGGGCAUCCAGUGCCCUUUAGCGGCCUCAUCUGGGUUGUGCUGGCCCCAGAUGGGCAGGAUGGGCAUGAGGUGGCCAAGGAUGCUGUGUCUACACGGCUGCUGGAGGCACUGAGUGAGUCUGGGGCUAGCCUCCUGUGGUCUGCUGGGGCUGAGGCAGGUACUGUGGUUAAGCAGUGACCCCAUCCUCUUCACCGGCAGCCUAAAUGAGUAGACAGAGCCUGUGUCAGUCACCAGCCCAGCAGGCCUGGGCAGCCACCACCUGAUCCCAACAAGGGGAGGAGCAUGGGCCCUGCCCUGGACCUGACACAGCGUCCCAGCUGGGGCAGGGCCCCAGCACACCUGUGAGCAGCUCAGGUUUGGCCAAGUUGUGGUGAGGGACCUUGCCCUCCCAUCCCCCUCCCCAGCCUAAGGUCUGACCUGAACCCCAUGGUCUUCCUUGGCCAUCCUGUGUGGCACACACACCCUCUCCCUCCUCCCACAGCUUAGCAUGAAUCUUUGUUUCUUAUUUUCUUGAUUUG